UUUCUCCGGAGCUCGGGCUGAGGAUGCUGCCGUCUCUCCUCCAUAUCCACGAGGAUGCAGGAGCGCGCAGAGGCGGACGGGGGCGAGCGCACCGGGCCUUCCUUCUGCUCAUCAGCUGUUGCUGCUUUGGGAAAAGUCGAGGCGACUCCCACUGUAAGGGCAUCGGAUACGAGCAUCUCUACACGAUGCGUCCUCAGUCUCCCUGACUCCUCCUGACACUGCCUGCCUGCCUCAUUAAUAUUUGAUCUGGUACCACAGCAGCAGAAGCAGCAGCAGCAGCUCGCCUCUUCUAAUGGAGAAUUCUCCACAAGCACAGCCUGGAUCCAAGGCGCCGGAAAGUCCAGCAGAAGACAUCGCCAACCUCACGGACGAAGAGCUCCUCCAAUGGAGCAAAGAGGAGCUGGUGCAGCGGCUCCGGAGGUGUGAAGCCGAUAAAAUGAGCGUCAUUCUGGAUCACAGUAAUCUGAUUCGGGAGGUGAACCGCAGCCUGCAGCUGCAUCUGAACGAGAUCCGGGGGCUGAAGGAGGUGAACCAGAAGCUGCAGGAUGAUAAUCGGGAACUAAGAGACCUGUGCUGUUUCCUGGAUGAUGACCGGCAGAAGGGCAAGCGAGUGUCUCGUGAGUGGCAGCGUCUGGGUCGUUUCAGCGCCAGCGUCAUGCGUAAAGAGGUGGCCCUGUACCUUCAGAAGCUAACAGAACUAGAACGCAAGCAGGAGGACGUCAUCCGGGAGAACCUGGAGCUUCGGGAACUUUGUCUGCUGAUAGAUGAAGAUAAAGGAGGAGGCGGAGUGGAAGGAGUUCAAAGUGGGACGGGAACCAUUGGAUGUCGCAAUUCCAUCGACAGCCAAAGUGGGCUCCUGGUACCUGGUUUGAUGCGGGACGUGGGAGAUGGGAGUAGCACCUCUAGUGCAGGAAGUGCAGACAGCAGCUCGGAGCACCCACACCAUAAGCAGCCACAGCCACCAUCUAGCACAGGAACUGGGAAUAAAAGUCCAGAUAUCCAGAAGUCUCGUUCUUUGAAAAGAGGGGAAGGUGAUCAUGGGGAAAUCUCCAGCCCUGACCCUCCUGUCCGGCACAGAAGCACAAGCCUGGAGUAUCCCUUCGUUCUGCCCCAGCCCUGCCGACCUCGCUGUGGCUCCAUAUCUGUGCCUGAUCAUCGGCUGAUAAGAGGGCUGAGUCCAGAAAAGUAUGGUCGAUCCCUAGGCCAUCGGAGUCCUGAGCACGGGAAGUUUGGCAGCCCUGGAAGAGAGACGUCACCACGAAGACUUGCUGGAGAUGAGCUGUCCCCACACCAUCGGAGCCUUUACAAUGGUGUCAAUGCUUUGAUAUCAGCAGGAUGUUGCAGCAACAACUGCAGGAACGUGAAGCUCUGGGACAGUUUUGACGGCUCCUCGUGACCAAACCCUUCCACACAGAGACUCGCAGGGCAGAUACUUCAUCCCCUCUCCGUACACGUGAUGGCCGACCCGUCUAUCCCGAUAUCAGCGGUCGUAACACCAGUUGGCAUCGUGGACCCUCCGCUGCAGUCAUUUUAAAGAGGACUAGAACGAGACGCAGGAUGUUUUCCUCCCAGUACAAACCACAGAAACAGACCCACCCACAUUCAGCAAAUAUCUCCUGUGGUUUACAGAUGUUUAACAGUACUGCAUUCGGGUAAUCAAACACUCCAGCCAUCGCUCUCUCCCGCUAUAUCCGUAUCAUUCUGAGUAGCAAUAGGACACAUGAAACGCGAUGCUGCGGCUUCUCUGAAGGUGCUUCCCUGCCCUUGAUAUUUAUUUAUGCAGUUUCUUUUUUCGACCAAAGCUCUUUGAAAUAUCUUAAUUGUCCAUCUUUCGCAUCUCUGGAAGGAGCGUCGCUAUCACCUUUGCUAGUUUUUGCAUAUCCUGGAUGUUUUUUUACGUGACAUGUAUGGUUCAUCAACGGAAAGCAAAACGGAUUUAAUACAUGUUGUCGGUGACUGAAUAACCUCGUCAGUGUUUUGCACUGAUUCCUUGUGUGUAUGUAUGUGUGUGUGUGUGUGAGUGUUUAUUGGCUUUAUAAUUCCUUCCCUCUGAGCUUCUGUACACUGUUAACACUUCUCUACAGUAGAAUCUACAGUAACUUACUGGCAGCCGUUCGCCGGUAACUUACUGUAAAUCAGUCACAGCAAGAAUACUGUAUUUACAUUUACUGCGCCAUUUAUCUUGCCCUACAUGUCUUUACAGUAUUAUAUCUGUACUGUAAAAUAUACAGUAAUUUUCACAAUGCAACUUUAAACUACAGUAACAUACCGCAUAAUUCUCCUACAGUAAAAACCAGUUCAUAAUUACUGUAAAAAUUGUUUAAAAAAUCGUUAACAGUGUAUAUAUAAGCUAUAAUGAGGUGUUUCUUCAUGUCGUUUUAUAUACAGAAGUACAGCAUAGUACAUAUAGUAAAUUAAUGGAUUAGUUUUAUAUGCAUAUAAUGACUAUUAUUUUUGACUUACAGCUAUUAUUAUUAUUAUAACGAUAAUUAUAUGAAUAUAUAUAUAUAUAUAUCUAUGUGCAAAAUAUUAAAGGAUUUUCAUUAUGUA